AAAUCAUCGUGUUCUCCGAUGUUUCCAACAAAGUCCAGCUGAACAGUUACAUUUUGACAAUCGUUAUUUUGUAAUGCACAUUGUAACAUAUUCAAAAAUAUUCAAAGUGCAGUUUUAAUGAUUUUACCUCUCAAUCGCUAAAACGUGACGUAAAGAAGAUACUUUAAGUUAUAUAUCUUAAGCUUGAUAUGUGAUGGCACAACUUUUAAAUGUACAAUUUAGCGGAAAAAAUCUCGUGGCAGAAAAACGCAGAAAAUGAAUCUCCUCCAAAAUGUGUUGUCUCGUAAAGACAAGGCUUUUUAAAAUUUGGAUGUGCUUUCUGUUUCCUCAAGGUUUCAAACUGACUUAGUCUCAGUGUCGUGUCAAGGAGCACACACACACGGAUGGAUUAUAGCGAAUAGCAUUAAAAGAUACAUAGACCUUUCAAUCACCACACAACAGAGUGACAUCCACACUAUUUCUCUAUUUGUCAGAUUUUAUUUAUUGAGUUAACCCUUGAAAGCCUAGCAUGAAGGCCUAAAUUCUCUCUUGAAGUCUUCUGAACAGUGUCAGAAAGAGAAUUAUGGGGGAGGAAUACUGAAGUGGUUAUUUAUUAUUUUGUUUGCCAAAUUGAAAUGUAUUGUGUGUAAAAAUACUGAAAUCCACAUGUGAAAGUUUUCUUUCCAGAAUGUAAACUCUCGCCAGGUUGCCAAAACGUCCAAAUUCCUAGAAAUACAUAAAUACUACAUGACCUCAGUGUCCUCAUGCUGGCUGCAGCCUUGAUGUUCAGUCUCUGUUGAGAUUGUGUCACAGAGAUCUUAAUUCAACAGGUCCACCACAAACUACAUGGCCUCAAACAACACAACUAAUAAGGGUUCAAAUUAAGUCAUUGUGCUUACUAACACAAUAGUGUAAACUUUUGGAAAAAUAUAUUUUAUUUAAAGUAUAAAAUAAAAACACAAAACAUUCAAUUAAAACAAACAAUACCUCAAUAAUUAAGAAAGUAUUCAAAUCAAGACCAAAAGGCCUCUGUAAAGAGUGAAUUAAGGGUAAAUAACAUCUUUAUUAUAUACUAUAAUAUAUAUUAUUAUAUAUAUAUAUAACUGGCACAUGGAUAAGGCUGUUAUUUAUUAACCAAUCAGGUCUUGAUCAAGGUCAGUCAGAUAAAUAAUUAACAUCUUUAUUAUAUAAUUUGUACAUUUACCAUCUUAAAAUCUGUUUUUUUGAAAAUAUUUUACAUUAUAUAAUAUGUUUAUCUACCUCCUAUAUCCCAUGUUCAGUAGCGCGCAAUUCUUUCUUUAUAGGCAUAUGAACAGCAAUAAAUAACCAUGUGGGCCAACUUUAACCCAGUGAGCAGGCGAAGGGUUGACUGCAGAGAAGAGGAGGGGCAAAGGCACGUCACACCUUCACAUCCUGCUACUGCUAUUUAAAACACACACACACACACAUCGUGCGUACACACAGCAACAAAAGAUGGCAGUACUGCUCGGCAGUUACUCGAUACCUUUACUUGGAAUCAGCAUCUUCUUUGCUACUCUGACCUACCUCACCUACAGGGUGCUAAGCGCUUACCUGCACAAAUGGUUUGCGAUGAAGCACAUUCCGGAGGCGCCCGGGACGUAUCCCUUCAUAGGAAAUGCACUGCAGUUCAAAACCAAUGCAGGUGAUUUCUUUCGUCAAAUUGAGGAUUUUACCCAUGAGUUCAGGGAUGCACCCCUAUUUAAACUCUGGGUUGGACCAGUCCCAUUCGUGGUUCUGUUCCACGCGGAAACUGUUGAGACGAUUCUGACCAAUGCUGUCCACAUGGAGAAAGGCCAUUCAUACAACUUCCUCCACCCUUGGCUUGGAACUGGCCUUCUUACAAGCACUGGGAGCAAGUGGCGUCAGCGGCGGAAGAUGUUGACCCCCACCUUCCACUUCUCCAUCCUGACGGACUUCUUGGAAGUGAUGAACGAGCAGGCAGAGAUCCUGGUGGAGAAGCUGGAGAAGCAGGCGGGGAAGGGUCAAUUUGACUGCUUCAGUCACAUAACCCUGUGUGCCCUGGACAUUAUCUGCGAAACUGCAAUGGGAAAGAAAAUUUACGCCCAGAGUCAUUCUGACUCAGAGUAUGUUAAGAGCGUGUACAAAAUGAGUGACAUUGUGAGCCGCAGACAGAGGACACCGUGGUUUUGGCUUGACUUUGUGUACAACUUCUUUGGUGAGGGCCGGGAGCAUGACAAGACACUCAAGAUCCUGCACUCCUUCACAUACAAAGUGAUACAAGAAAGAGCAGAGAGGACUUCCAAUAAUGAUUCGGACAGCGACUCUGAACAGAGCACGAAGAAAAGACGAGCAUUUCUGGACAUGCUCUUGACGGCCACAUAUGAGGAUGGCAACAGAAUGAGCCAUCAGGACAUUCAGGAAGAAGUGGACACCUUUAUGUUUAGGGGACAUGAUACGACAGCAGCCUCUAUGAACUGGGCCGUACAUCUGCUGGGCUCCCACCCUGAGGCACACAGCAAAGUUCAACAAGAGCUUCAGGAGGUGUUCGGUACAUCCAACCAUCCCGUUAACAUAGAGGACCUGAAGAAGCUCAAAUACCUGGAGUGUGUGAUCAAGGAGGCCCUGCGACUGUUUCCCUCUGUGCCUUGUUUUGCCCGCAACAUCGGUGAAGACUGCCACAUCAAUGGUUUCAAAGUGCCCAAAGGUGCCAAUGCCAUUAUCAUUACCUACGCUCUCCACCGUGACCCGCGGUACUUCCCAGAGCCCAACGAGUUCAGGCCUGAGCGCUUCCUGCCGGAGAAUUCAGUGGGAAGGCCUCCAUAUGCGUACAUCCCCUUCUCCGCUGGACUCCGCAACUGCAUCGGUCAACGUUUUGCACUUAUGGAAGAAAAGGUGGUCUUGGCGUCCAUUCUGCGUAACUUUAACAUUGAAGCUUGUCAGGAACGUGAAGAGCUUCGGCCGGUAGGAGAGCUCAUCCUGCGACCAGAGAAGGGCAUCUGGAUCAAACUGGAAAAGAGGAAAACCCAAACUUAAUCAAAUCAGCACCUGCGCUCCUCUUUUACAGAAGCUUUUUGCUAAAUUUCAUCUUCCUUCGUGAUCUCUAUUCAAAGCACAUCCUUUCCAAUUCAAAUGGUGGUGGACAGUGUAAUGGCUUCUAAAUGAAAGGGUCAGAGAGAAUAGUGAACUUGGUGUUUGAUUUGAGAAUUUUGUCAUCAUUGUAGUCAUUAUAGUGAUUCACUAUUCUGGCUCAACAACUCUGCACUUUUGUUGUGCCCAAAUAACGUUGAAAAAUAACUGUACAAAUGUUUUGCUAUAAGCAGCUUAAUCAUGGAAUUAAAUAAAAAGCUAAUAAUAAAUAUCUUUACAUAUUUAUUACAUUUACGAACACCUCAAAGAUAAGCCUUUCAUUUGUGCAGUAUUUCAGCUGAAUGUUAAAUUUGAAACCCCUAGCUGCAGUUCUUUCCUUGUAUGACCUCAUACUUCAUCUCUUAAAGUUUAUUUAUAAAUAUGUUUGGUCAGUCA